CUUUUUUCUUAAAUCAAGUGAGCCAUGCCAAUGAAAGCAGUGGCCGUCUUCUAAUCUCCUUCAAAAAUCAAAAUUUCAAGUCGCAAAAUUUUUGAACAUACUCAAUCCGUCGUCAACCCUUCAAAUACAUGGCCAUGAGCAUCCCACAAUAUGAGAAUUCCGACUCAAUGUCCAACCAUUCCAACCAGUUAGAACUAGUUUUGGACGUAUUUGACGAUGGAACGAUCCAGAUUGUUCCCGGAUCCGAUGAGCGCUUUUCGAUUGGCUCAUUAUAUUCCAUUGCCGAUAGUGUGUCCCUUCCAAGGGAACCAUCCAUCGAACGACUGUUCCAAUGCACUGAACUGAAAGCCGAAACCAUUUCCCCGCGGCAAGCAACCAUGCUGGAGCUUCAUCCUAGCGAUGAUGAUGAAUCCGAUAGGGAGCCAGAAUUGGUAGAGCUGUGCCCAUGCCGCAACGAGGAAUGCCCCACCGAGUGCUAUGGAAAGCAACGCGCCAGUGGUGAGGAGACUGUGAUGCUGGAGGCCACCAUGAUGGUUAAAAUUCCUAUCAAGCGAAGGAAUUUAGAACGAUUGAUGGAAAUUGCAAAGUGCUGUCAGGCUAGGAUUAGAUAAUGUCAGAAUAUUACGGUAAAGAAAAUGAUUGGAAGUUGAGAAAUAAAGAGUGUUUUCGUAUGAUUAAAUCUGUUAAU